UGUCGAGGGUAAUAAAAGCGUUGAUUUGCCGCAUUUCUGCGAGUUAAUUUUUUCCACUUGCUCUUAUUUUCCUGUCGCUGCCUGUAUAUUUCAGUUUGGUAUAUACCGUUGAAGAUCUGCAUUCGGGGGCAUACUCUGUCCGGGUUUAAUCAGCAUGCGUGAUAAAGAGACUGACCCUGAGGUGCCUGUGGCUUCUCACCACAUUGAGUACACAGUCACUAUGGAGAAAGAGAAAAUCGCCUCGGAUGCCGGAAUUGCUCGGACUUGGUCACGCGAUAUCAUCAAAAGCGACGAGAAGACCAAGCAGAAGAACCCUCUCGCCGGACUUACAAAGGAGGAGCUCAUGGAAGACGUCGAGGCAUUUGCUCGGGAGAAAGAUCUUGAACAUAUUGUGGACGACUUGAAGAAGGGUGCCUUGGUGGCUCAGGACCCUAAGGCCUUUGAAAGCCUCGACGAGCUGAGUGAAGAGGAGAAAGAAUUUUUACGACGGGAAACAACACAUAAAUGGCACCAGCCAUUUAUGAUGUACUUUAUGACCAUUCUCUGUGCCGGUUCGGCCAUCGUGCAGGGUAUGGACCAGACUGCAGUUAAUGGUGCUCAAGAGUUCUACUUCACCGAGUUCGGAGUUAGGGAUAAAUGGCUACAAGGUCUCCUCAACGGUGCUCCAUACCUCUGCUCGUGUCUGAUCGGUUGCUGGACGACGGCACCACUCAACCGCUGGUUUGGUCGUCGCGGGUGUAUCUUCAUCUCGUGUUUCAUCUCUUUCGCCUCGUCCUUCUGGAUGGCUGCGGCCAAAUCUUGGGUCUCGCUCUUGUUUGCUCGGUUUCUCCUCGGAUUAGCUGUAGGAGCGAAAAGCUCAACAACUCCAGUGUAUGGUGCUGAGUGCGCGCCAGCGAACAUCCGCGGAGCGUUGGUGAUGAUGUGGCAGAUGUGGACAGCAUUCGGAAUCAUGAUGGGAUACAUCGCGUCGGUUAUAUUUAUGGACGUGUCAAAUCCGAGUCUUCCAGGGCUGAAUUGGAGGUUGAUGCUGGGUUCUACAGCUAUCCCUCCAAUGUUCGUUUGUGCACAAGUCUACUUUUGUCCUGAAUCUCCGAGAUGGUAUAUGAUCAGAGGCCGCUACCUGAGAGCGUAUGAGGCUUUAUCUAAGUUUCGCCCUUCGCCCCUUCAGGCCGCCAGAGAUAUUUAUUAUAUUCACUCGGCUCUUCAGGUUGAGGAGAAACUUCGCGAGGGGAAGCAGUUGUGGAGAGAGAUGUUCACCGUUCCCCGAAACCGACGAGCGGCUCAGUCCUCUUUCUUUGUUAUGUUCAUGCAGCAGUUCUGCGGCGUCAAUGCAAUCAUGUACUACUCCUCGUCCAUGUUUCGCGACGCCGGUCUCAGUCUACGCCUUGCUCUUAUAGUGUCUCUGGGUUGUGGCAUUACGAAUUGGAUCUUUGCGCUUCCAGCCGUGUACACGAUUGAUACCUUUGGUCGAAGGAAUCUGCUUUUGACUACGUUUCCUCUCAUGAGCAUUUUCCUUCUCUUUACUGGGUUCUCUUUCUGGAUCCCUAACGACGAUGCCCGUGUUGGCUGUGUUGCCACCGGAAUUUAUUUAUUCAUGAUUGUCUACUCUCCUGGAGAAGGGCCGGUGCCGUUUACAUACUCUGCGGAAGCUUUUCCUCUCUAUAUUCGUGAUAUUGGUAUGUCAUUUGCCACUGCGACAACCUGGGGCUUCAACUUCAUCGUAUCCUUCACGUGGCCGGGGCUGAGAGAUGCCUUUACACCACAAGGUGCAUUCGGGUGGUAUGCAGCCUGGAACUUCUUCGGCUGGAUCUUCUGCUACUUCUGUUUGCCGGAGACUAAAGCACUUUCUCUGGAGGAACUGGAUCAGGUCUUUUCCGUUCCGACAAGGAAGCAUAUCAACCAUUACAGGGGGAUGCUGCCGUGGUACUUUAAGAAACAUAUCCUGAGAGCUGAUGUGCCGCCGAAGAAACAGCUCUACAAUUACGAGUGAUGCUGGGGGUUAUUUAGAUAGUUUCGAAUCUUGUCAUACUCUGUAAAGCGCCCUAUGCGCACGUCAUUUGCGUAAUAAUAUGUUUCAUUCAUGCAUUAUUCUCAUACAACCAUUAAGUUGUAAUUAAAUAUAGCCAAGGAUUGGGC